GUAGGCUAUGCUUCAGCUCUUUCCUUUGUUCUCUUUUAGGAAGCAGGUAGAGAAGAUGGGUGACUGGAGUGCUCUUGGCAGGCUCCUUGACAAAGUUCAAGCCUAUUCUACUGCUGGAGGAAAGGUGUGGCUCUCUGUCCUUUUCAUUUUCCGAAUCUUGCUUCUGGGAACAGCAGUGGAGUCUGCCUGGGGAGAUGAGCAGUCAGCUUUCCGAUGCAACACUCAACAGCCAGGUUGUGAAAACGUCUGUUAUGACAAAUCAUUUCCAAUAUCUCAUGUGCGUUUCUGGGUGCUGCAGUUCAUUUUUGUUUCAGUGCCAACCCUUCUGUAUUUAGCACAUGUCUUCUAUGUGAUGCGAAAAGAAGAGAAACUAAACAGGAAAGAGGAGGAGCUCAAGGUGGUCCAAAGUGAGGGAGUAAAUGUAGAUCUCCACCUAAAGCAGAUAGAAAUUAAGAAAUUCAAGUAUGGGAUCGAAGAACAUGGCAAGGUCAAAAUGCGUGGUGGGCUGCUCCGUACUUACAUCAUCAGCAUCAUUUUCAAAUCUAUCUUUGAGGUGGCCUUUGUGCUGAUACAGUGGUAUAUCUAUGGAUUCACCCUGCAAGCCAUCUACACUUGCGAACGGGUACCAUGUCCACACAAGGUGGAUUGCUUCCUUUCUCGUCCCACAGAGAAAACCAUCUUUAUCAUCUUCAUGCUGGUAGUAUCUGUAGUCUCUCUGACCCUCAACAUCAUUGAGAUUUUUUAUGUCACCCUCAAGAGUAUUAAAGAUCGCAUGAAGACCAAAAGCGAUCCUUUCUCUCCCAACAGCGGCUUAAGUCCCUCCAAGGAAUGCGGAUCUCCAAAAUAUGCCUACUUCAAUGGGUGCUCCUCUCCAACUGCCCCCUUGUCUCCCAUGUCUCCACCAGGAUACAAGCUUGUAACUGGAGAUAGGAACAAUACAUCAUCCUGUCGCAACUACAAUAAACAAGCCAGUGAACAAAACUGGGCAAACUACAGUGCUGAACAGAACAGGAUUGGACAGGCUGGGAGCACCAUUUCCAAUUCACACGCCCAGAACUUUGAAUUUAAUGAUGAGCCUGAGAGCACAAAAAAGGUGGGCUCUGGCCACGAGCUCCAGCCUCUCACAGUUGUAGACCAACGGCCACCAAGUCGAGCCAGCAGUCGAGCCAGCAGUCGACCACGACCUGAUGAUCUGGAGAUCUGACCCGUUGUAAUUGCAGUACUUAAUGCAACUAUGAAAUACGAAUUGCAUUAGCAGAUGCGAACAUGGUGUUCAUGUGGUUCCCAUGGAGGUGGUACUUUAACAAUCUCAGCCAGGAGAUUUUAACAAGCAAUAUAUAAUUAUAUAUAUAUAUAUAUUAAAAACUUUGAUUUUUUUUUUUUUUUUUUUUUUUGGUAACUGGGAAGCUGGGUGAUGUGGGGAAGAGCAGCACAUGCUGGUAUUUAAAGUAGCUGGUUUAAAAGAAAAACUUAGUCAACACAACAGUAGGGGAGUUGGUUUUUGUUUUAGAAAGAUUAUAAAAUGUCAGGAAAUGUAUGUCUAUAAUAUGUUGAUUUUUCUAAAACGUUUCAUUUUUGUUAUACUAAAAAAGGUUACACUGAAAUAAAUUUUGGGGGAUGGUUUAGGAUUAAAUGGAGAUAUCCUUAUUUUACUGAACAACUGGCAGCCUUAAGUCAGAUACUGAUGUUUUCCUAUUAAGAACAUUCCAUUGCUAAAACGUGCACUUUGAAGGACAAUUUCCUGGGAUGAACUUGUCAUGCGGUUAUCAUCUGUUUCCCUGGAAUCAACCAACUACAUUUCAGACAAGACCCACCCAAUAUGCUUUGACCAUUUUCUUCCUCUGUUUCAGAUCUGCCAACCUAAGUUAGGGAAUCAGUUCAAGAUUUUUCAAUUUUAUUCAAUUUCAUUCUACCACUGCUACAAGAUUCUUCCAACUGCAUAUAGGAUGCUACUCAAAGCCUCAUUAUCUUAGUUAUGGUUGGGUGAACCACCCUGAAACAAGCCAGAAACAGUUUUGCAGAUAAUCAGAGGAAUCAUGGGUUGUUUGUCUUAUUGUUGUUGUUUUGUCUCCUUUUUAAAACUUAGUUUUGUCAUGCCUCUCUGUGAAUGGGUUAGAAGCUUGGGAGGGAUAUGAAAAUCAAACCAGGAAUCAGCUACAAAUCACAAAUAGACCAUGCAUUCACAUGCAUACAUCAUUGGAAGCUGUGGUUGCAGUUAGCAAGCCAACAAACAACUGUGGUUUCCAGCUGUAUUUUAUUGCCCCAAAGGAAGACUUAUCCUAUCCCACAUAACACAUUAAGCAACAAACUGGAAAAUGGCUCAGUGUGAUGUGUGAAUCCUACCAUAGCAUUCACUAAUUACUGGCUAUAAAGUGUGAAGCUGGACAAUGAGGUCAUUUUUGUCUGAUGCUGUCAUCUAUCAGGUGCAAAUCUUUUCAUAGUUAAGUUCCACCAGAAGCAGGGGGGUUGACAGCCAUGUGGUUGGAAUCACAGCCACUAUAACUAAAGUUAUUUGUGGUUGCUAUGUGACCACACUGAUAUACCCACAAAAUGGUUAACUAUUCUGGGAUACUAUGGGUCACUAUUGUGUUUACAUUAAAAGAUUCCAGCAGUGCAAACAAAUCAGAUAUUCUUUUAAAGAAUUUUAAUGAUAUUUCCAUAUAUUUUAUGGUAAGUGUAUCUCACAAAUUAAUAUCAUUUUAAGAAUCAAGUCCUGAUGGCUUUUGAAAAACUUCCAUUUGCAUUCCAACUAGAAGUUUUGCCUCAAUAAAAAUUGUGAGUAAAACAUCCAAAGUUGCAUAUUUAGGCAAUUAUGAAUUAUUUUUCUUUCCUUAAAAUUAAGGAAAUAAUUCUGCUUGUUUCUCCAACUUCUUAUAAUUUAUGCUUGAAUAACAGUGAUGGUAGUACUGGGAGAGGGGAGGGUUGAUAGCCUGCCAAUAAUGUGAGAGACUUGAGGAUAAAUUACACAUCCAUGUAUAUUGUGCAGUAACUGCAGUUAUCAUGUGAUAGCUUGAGAGCUGGAGCAAUUAAUUACUGCACCAUAACCUCAUUGGAUGGUGUCAAUGGAUCCUUACAUAAACUGUUUUGUGCUGUACUAAUAAUACAUCCCUGUGCUGAUUUUACGGUAUCAAGAAUGUUACACUUGCUGUUCACUUAUAAAUUAGCUCAGUAAUAACAUGGUUCAAUUCACUUUUAAUAGUCCAUUCUUGCUUAGUGACAGUUUUAAUAUUUGCACACAUUUUUGUUGGGGUGUAAGUGAGGCUGAAAGAGUACAAUUCUAAUUUAUUUGAAAUAUAUACUAAGGAAAUAUACCAGUGUUUAUUUUCCAUUUUCAAUCACAGUGCCUUUUAGUUCAACACAGUUCAUGCAGGAACAUAGCCUCAGUUUCAUUCUGCAGCAACACAGUUUUAAGUGUUUAAUGUUUUACUAAGUUGUUUGACAUUCACUUUUAAAACUAUUGUCAAGCUCAUUGAUUGCAUGCAUACCGCCAUAGUUCAUCAAAUCACAUUGUCUGGAGAACAAACCUUAGUCAAUAAAGUUUUAAUUUAGUAUAAA